AGGAGACUGUAUAGUCUACUUGGAGCGCACUCUCACUUGAAUCUAAAGCAGAUGGACAGCGAGCGAACGACCAUCACCUCCUUAUUGCACACCAAUCCAUCAUAUAUUUUUUGUGGAAAAUGUUCAACUAAAGCCGGUGAGAGUAGGUUAAAAGCUUUUGUAAAGUGUGCACUGUUUUGGAGAGGAUACCCAGAUCCUUGCGCAGCGCGUUAUUGGCCAUGGAGUCCUUUACGCACUGCAGAUAACAAGUAUUUGUGAAAUUAAGAAAACAAAGUAAUGGAUCAAAUCUGCAAGUGAUUUUUACACGCUCUGGUAAAGUUAUGGCCGCGCUACGGAGGAAAUUUGGGGAGGACUAUCAGGUUGUGAAUACAAACCGUGACACCACCGCUUUUUCAGCACCUGUCAAAAAGAAACGCCAGCGGUUCGUGGAGAAGAACGGCCGUUGCAACGUGCAGCACGGGAACCUCGGCGGGGAGACCAGCCGAUAUAUCUCCGACCUCUUCACCACCUUGGUGGACCUCAAGUGGCGAUGGAACUUGCUUAUCUUUGUUCUGACCUAUACAGUAGCGUGGCUGGUCAUGGCUUCUAUGUGGUGGAUCAUCGCCUACAUCAGAGGGGAUAUAAACCAUGGCCACGACUCGUCCUAUACCCCCUGCGUUGCCAACGUUUACAACUUCCCCUCCGCUUUCCUAUUCUUCAUAGAGACCGAGGCCACCAUCGGCUACGGCUACCGCUACAUCACGGAGAAAUGUCCGGAGGGCAUCAUUCUCUUCUUGUUCCAGUCGCUGCUGGGGUCCAUCGUGGACGCCUUUCUGAUCGGCUGCAUGUUCAUUAAAAUGUCCCAGCCCAAGAAGCGCGCAGAGACGCUUAUGUUUAGCCAGGACUCAGUGAUCUCGCAGCGCGACGGAAAACUGUGCCUCAUGUUCCGUGUGGGCAACCUGCGAAACAGCCAUAUGGUGUCCGCGCAGAUCAGGUGCAAACUCAUAAAGUCUCGUCAGACCCCGGAGGGAGAGUUCCUACCCCUGGACCAGUGUGAGCUGGAUGUGGGUUUUGGGACGGGUGCGGACCAGCUCUUCCUAGUGUCACCUCUCACCAUCUGCCACGAGAUCAAUCCUAAGAGCCCUUUCUUUGACCUGUCCCAGCGCUCCCUCAUGAACGAGCAGUUUGAGAUCGUUGUCAUCCUGGAGGGCAUUGUGGAGACCACAGGUAUGACGUGUCAGGCGCGGACGUCCUACACUGAGGAUGAGGUGUUGUGGGGCCACCGCUUCCUGCCCGUCAUGUCUCUGGAGGAGGGAUUCUUCAGGGUGGACUACUCCCAGUUCCACAGCACUUUCGAGGUCAACACCCCACCCUACAGCCUCAAGGAGCACGAUGAGAAGUCCUCCCUGCCUUCGCCCCUCUCCACCCCCACGCUGGGCGAGAGCCACGGUGCCGCCCGACGUGCCCGUGUCUUCUCUGUGGACUGCAUCAACACUACGGACCGGGAGGAGCGGGCGGGACAGUCCAGGUUGCCCAGUAAGCUUCAGAGGAUGAGCUCAUCUGGGAAGGAGGACCUACAGAGGAAGGUUCUGAUGCUGAGCUCCCAGCACUCUGAGAAGGCCUGCAGUACUGGAGACCUGCCUCUCAAGCUGCAGCGUCUCAGCUCCUCCCCCGGCCCAGAGGCUGCAGCUCGGCUGCAGCUCAAGGCCUUGAAGGUGGGCUUUGAACCCAUGACCCAGUCCACUGGAGACCUGCAGCUGCCUCCCACACCAGCCCCUGUCCCCACUCGCAUCCACACCCCUCUGCCCUCAAGAGGGGGCCGACCAGAGGACAACCUGCCGGCCAAAUUACGCAGGAUGAAUGCUGACCGCUGAGGUCAUCAUGACCAGACUUUGCAUGCAUCCCAAAUGGAACCCUAUUCCCUAUAUAGUGCACUACUUUUGACCAGGGAAUAGGGUGUCAUUUGGGACGCAUCCCCAGAGUCUAACUUCUCUUUGACAACACAUCAAACUAUGGAGAGACAGAAAAUGGAAUGUGACUGAAUAUACUGAAAGACAAUGAUAUGGAAGGAAAAAAAACUAUGAUGGGCGUUGUGUCACUGUUUUCUGGUUUUUCAAACACAACCUUUACUGGAAUUACUGUGAUAUGUGGGUGUUUUAUAGCAACAGUGUUCAUACUGGUCACACACACAAACACACACACACACUCACACGCUCAUCUUUCCAUCAUCACCCACACACUCUACACAAUUGUGCAUGUAUACAAUCAAUCCAUCUGAAUGCACUACAUACCCCCUCUCUUAGUUUUAAACAUAUAAAAUAUAUUUAAGAUGAUAAUACGUGGUGUACCUGCAACUCCUUUGUCUAUAUUCUAGUUUCCAUCAACGGGAACAUCUACUUAGCUAAGAAAUACAGUCAAAAUGCAAUCUAACUUGUUAUUAUUCAUAAUUGGGGCAGUAUGUUAUAGUAAUCUGUUACUCGUUAGUUUAUAUAAUACCUUUGUUUUUACAUUCAAUAGGUAGUUGAUGGCCUAAUCUUAGCUGCUGGAGUGAAACACUUUCCAUAACUCCUUUGAACAGAGUCAGACACAGUGGAUAAUGAGCUUUGCUGAUACCAGAGAGAAACACAGAGUCUUCAUCCCAAAUGGCACCCUAUUCCCUAUAUAGUGGAGUGCACUACUUUUGACCAGGGCCAAUAGGGAAUAGGGUUCAAUUUGAGAUGCAGACAGAGGCUUAUCCUUGGUGGUGAUUGACUGGUGUUUGGGAGUGGAGGAUGGGGAGUGAUACAGUGGAGGAAGUGUCCAUCCCCUUCAGACGGGCAGAGACAGGCAGCAUGGCUAAACAAACACAAACAGACACACUCUUUCAAUUGUCUUGAUGCCCAUGGUAGCUGAAGAGAAUAAUGAUUAUUAUACAGAAUAGGAUAUACAUUAGCCACAAGACUUCUCUCACAAUGAAGUCUCCAUGAUAAAGUCCAACGGCAGACUUAAAGGACAGAAGCUUUGAAAUGGACACAACCUUUUACUCCUCCGAACAAAUGGAGAGGAAAAAGUGGAAAGGGAGAGAGCAAGGGAGGAGGACAGAGAGAAAAUAAAGAGUGGAGCUGGUCACCUGAGCUCAGGGACAGAGAGCAGCGUAGGCUUUGGGAGGAUUAGUCCAUGUCUGCAUCCCAAAUGGCCCAUAGGGCUCUGUUUAAAGAUUUGCACUAUAAAGGGGAAUGGGGUGCUAUUUGGCACGCAACCAAUACAGGCCUCUGUGGGAUUUAGCACUCCUAUGAGUAGAGGGGUCAGACCAAUGGAUGUAUGAUAGUUACACCCACCCACCAAGCCCUAAUUUCUCCACCAACGCCACAAAGGGAGGAGAAUCGAUCAGGGGAAUUCGAUUUUCCCUGCUUGUGUGGCACGCCUGAAGGGACCUGCGUGGAGCGAUCUCUAGCCUCUGGUAAUGAAUUCCUCACUGCGUUCGCCCACUCAGAGUUUAGGCUAGAGCCUAACCUGAUCCACACGAUCCAACCUUUUCAUUUAGCAGCAUAAAGAGUCUGUAAGUGUGUGUGUAUCUCAUCGCUUACACACUUAAAUACUACACUCCUUCCACUGGCUCAGCAAAGGAAAAGUCACCCAAUCACACUACAACAAUGAAUAGAAAUAGCCUCAUUACCGUAAGAGGAAGGGGCCAAGUGAACGGGACUGAGCUCAAUCUACACCUCUUCAGAAGAUGAUUACAAUACACUCUAAUAUUAUGGUCACAGACCAUAUGCACUUAACAAAGAUGACAUACUGUGUGAACGAAUCGAUGCACCACACAAGAGCGCAUUACUCUCAUAUACAGAUGUAGGCUCCUCAUUUGAUCACCCUGUUGCAGGAGAACUUUCCUGCAGUAAAGAAAAUGUUUAAUUUAUAGUGCAUUUGAGAUU